UUCUUGCAAAUGGCUGGAUCACAGAUCAUUCCUCAAGCUUUAUUCUUGAGCAACAUGCUGAAAGCUGUGAAGAUAAGAGAACUAAUGUCUGAAGACCUUGUCAAAUGCACCAAUGGAAUUAUCCAGCAUUUUAAAACUAUGCAUAGAUACACCAUAGAGAUGUUCAGAAUGUGUCAGUUUUGUCUGCCUUUUCAGAAACUUCUUCAAAAAGCCCUGAUUGACCAGACAACCCAAAACUCACUGGAACGUCAAAAGAAGUUAAACUGGUGUCGAGAAGUUAAAAAACUUAUGCCACUGAAGACUAAUGGAGAUGGAAAUUGUCUCAUGCACGCUGCUUCCCAGUACAUGUGGGGUGUCCAAGAUGUUGACUUGCUUCUGAGAAAAACACUAUUUAGUGCACUUAAAGAAGCUGAUACACGUAAUUUUAAACUGCGCUGGCAGCGAGAAACACUUAAAUCACAGGAAUUCGAGGCAACAGGACUCUGCUAUGAUACCAGGAACUGGGAAGACGAAUGGGAGAAUCUUAUUAAAAUGGCAUCUGCAGAAACAUCAAUUGCACAUACAGGUCUUCAGUAUACCUCUCUGGAAGAAAUCCAUAUAUUUGUCCUUGCUAACAUCUUAAGGCGCCCCAUCAUAGUUGUUGCAGAUAAAAUGCUAAGAAGCUUGCAGUCAGGUUCCAGCUUUUCCCCUCUGAAUGUUGGUGGAGUUUAUCUGCCUCUUCAUUGGUCAGCAGACGACUGUUACCGAUACCCUAUCAUUCUUGCUUAUGACAGUAUGCACUUCACCCCUUUGGUUAUUCUGAAGGAUAGUGGGCCAGAAAUCAGGGCCAUUCCAUUAGUCAGCUGUGAAAGAGGCAGGUUUGAAGACUUAAAAGUGCAUUUUUUAACUGAUUCUGAAGAAAGGGAGAAAGAAAAACUGCUAAGAGACUAUCUAAUGGUGAUUGAAAUUCCUGUACAAGGAUGGGACCCAGGGACAACACACCUCAUUAAUGCUGCAAAAUUGGAUGAAGGUAACUUGCCCAAAGAGAUUAAUCUGGUGGAAGAUUACUUUCAGCUGGUACAACAUGAGUACAAGAGGUGGAAAGAAAGCAGUGAAUAUACUGGGAAGGAAAUGGGUGUAAAGGACAGGCUGGAGUUGCAGUUAUCCCAGCUAUCCCUUGUGGAGGCAAAAUGUGAAACUCCCAACUGCCCUUUCUACAUGUCUGUGAAUACCCAGCCGUUCUGCCACGAAUGCUCAGAACAGAGACAACGGGCAAAUACAAUAAAGAGGCAGCAUUUCUGGACAGGCUCUGAGAAGCCCUGGGUAAAUAGGUCCAGUUGCCCCAAGGAAGAACACCAGCAGCCUCCUGCCUGGACUUCUGAAAAUUCCAGCACAGAGCCCCAUUCUGCACCUCCCACAGCUCCAAGUCUUUUUCUAUACAGUGAAACAACUGCUAUGAAAUGCAGGACCCCAGGCUGCCCUUUUACACUGAAUGUGCAGUAUAAUGGACUUUGCGAACGUUGCUACAACUCUACAGAGGUCAUUCCUUGCAAUAGCCCAAGUGACCCGAGGCAUUCAAAUUAUGUGACUUGCACAUCCUGCCUUAAGGACACCAAUAGGACCUUCAAUGGAAUGUGUAGCACUUGUUUCAAACGGACUAGAGACCAUUCCUCAAAUGCCUGCUCUGGUGCUAUGCCUUCAAGCCAUCAGAGAUCCACAUCUGAUCCGCAAAGUUUUAUGCAGCAUUCCUGCCACACAGUGACCAACAGCAAUAGGGUGGAAGUGCCACCAUAUGUUCAGCCCCAAAGAACAGAAGAGAGGGUGAGAAGCAGUAAAUGCAGGAAGCCUGGCUGUCAUUUUUUUGGGACUGUCCAGAAUGAAGGCUUUUGUACCUUGUGUUAUUUUGAAUAUCAAGAAAAUAAAGAGGCUUCCCUGCUUCAUCACAGAAGGUCUCCUGUGGGUUCUCCUGUUUUGGAGCAUCCUGGAAUCUCAGCUGCCGUCUACCAGAACACCGUUUCCUGCCCGGGCCGAGAGUGUGGCACAAUAGGGAGCACAAUGCUUGAGGGAUACUGCCAGAAAUGUUUUAUUGAAGCGCAGAGCAAGCGGCUCCGUGAAGCCCGAAGAUCUGAAGACAAAAUAGUGAGACAAUCAGAGCAAACGGGACAACAUCAAGAUUUACACCAGAAAACUUCAAGCGCUCAAAAACGCAAAUGUACUAAAGCUUCAUGUAGGAAUAAUUUAGCUUCUAGGAGUGGGGAAGUGUGUCAAGAAUGCUUGCGUGUCAGCCAACGGGGACAGUCUGGAACACCUCAGGUAGAACCUCCAGCAGAUGAACUUCCAAAACAGCGCUGCCGAGCCCCUGCCUGUGACCACUAUGGUAAUAACAAGUGCAGUGGCUACUGCAAUGAGUGCUAUCAGUUCAAACAAAUAUAUGGAUAGCAAAUGCCUUUUUUUGCCUUGCAAAAGAAAAAAAGAAUGGUGCUAUAUCCAAAACACUUAAUUGUCUUGCUAUGACCUGAUCUUCACUCUUUGUGAAAAGGUGACUUUGGGGGGAAAACAAUAAGCUGAUUUUUUGAUGUGUGCGUAUAGAGAUACCCACAUGUAUGUAUGUGUAUAUAAAGGCAGAUUGGUGUAACAUCCAGAACUAUGCAUGGUCCAGAAUGUUGUAUCCUGGGACAGAAAAGCGGGUUGCUUCCAGCACAAAUGGUGAUUGGCAGGACAUUUUAUACUUGACUACAAAACCCUUUUUCUCCAAAAUACUUUGGGUUCUGUUCUGUACUGAAUAUGUACCUGUAGGAGAGAAAUAGAUAAAUGCUGCUCUUUGCAUGCUCUUUUUGCUGAUAUGUCUCUUGCAUUCUGUCUAAAUUAUGAGCAUUCUGAGUGUACUGAAACCAGCCAAAGAUUUGAAAUGAACAGUUUUCUACAACAGUCAUCAAAAUUGUAUGUCUGAUUGCUCUGAAAAGGUUGAUACGGUAGAGCUAAGACUGAACAAAAUAUUAGGAAGUUGUGGGAGAACUUUUUACAAUUUUUGCUUGCUUACCCUUUUUUAAGUGGCUGGCUGCUGCUAUUUUACUUGUUAUAUUUAGUAUUUUUUACAUUUUUUCCAAAUGAAAGUUUUAUGCACUUAGAACAGCUGUAACCCCAUAAAAAUUUGGCCUUGGGACGCUGACUGUUGUUUUUCCAUUUACUGUUCUGUGUGGUUUGAAUGAGGAUGUAGUUACUGGACCUCUUCUAAUUUAGAAUGUGAAAGAACAUAGGUACUUUUAAGUAUAUCAUUUGGGAGGGGAAAAAAACCAAGGGGGACAUGAGAAAAAGAAAAGUUCCUGAAUAAAGGUAUUCAUGUAUAUUGGUUGACAUGGAAACAGACUGACAGAUUAGGAAGAACCUAGUCUGUGUCCACUGAGAGGGUCUAACAGUGAAUGUCCUGUAUUGUUGAUGAUAUAACAAAGCUGCUUUCUCUUCAUACCUGGCCUCGACUAGUUGAUCAAAAGUUUGCUGAGCUGUCCCAGCCCUUUUGGAAUUUACUGAGAAAUAAGGUGGAUCUCCUGUGGGUCACUGAGUCCUUACAGUUAAGCCUUAACUUCUGGACUAUGACCUUCUCAAAGGAGGCCAGCUUGUUUUUUAUUUGUUUUUCACUUUUACACCUCCCUACAGUCCUCAGUUGUAUCUGAUUGGUGAUAUAUUUAAUACUGAGGAGAAAAUAUAUUCUGUAUUAUUUGUAAGAGGGCCACUCCUGUAAAAUCCUAUUUAUUUCGACAGUGCUUGGGAUCAGCUUUCACUCAGGGUUCUCUUUCUGUGUCUAUCUCAGGCCAUUGUCUGCCACAUCUGCAUAUUAUUCUGGGUUAAGCACCAAACAAGAAAAUGUCUGGAGCUCUGCCAUCUAAAUCUUCCAUUUUUCCCCGGGCUCUCAUGCACCUCUUAUUCUCUCUCUGAAUAUGACUGGGGGGGGAAAAGCACCUACGCUGAGGCUUCUUGCAUUUUGUACGUGUAUAUAUAAUCCUUCAUUAUAGCCUCUUCUCCAUUAUGAGAAACACUGCUAAUGUCACAGUCCUUUGCUGUUGAAAUUUCUUUAUAUGAUUUUGUGAUCUUUGUUCAAUGUGAAGACAUAUUUAAAUAUUUAUAUUAUUUCAAAAACUGUAAUUUUGAAAUUUGCACAUUUCCAAUACAAUAAUAUACUCUUUAUUUCAUUCUUGUCCUCCUUAAAAACAAAUCCUUCUUGUAAAUAUGGAAUGGGGAAGAUGAUGAAGGGAAAUCCAGCAGCAAAAAUAAAUUAUUUAAGGAUUUGCUUAA